UAAGAAAGAGCUACUGGAACGCCAUUAAUUAGAGAGUGGUCUAAUGCGAGAAAUCAUCAUCUUCGACAAGAGACCGUGAAGGAAGACGAAUAGGUUUGAUCUGCCAAGAUUAGUUGUCCGAAGAAAAGAGAAAUGGUGGGUAGAAAGAAGAAACCCAAAAUAUGUGACAAAGAAGAUAGGAUAAGCCAGUUACAUGAAGAAGAUAGGAUAAGCCAGUUACCAGAACCUUUGAUAUCCGAAAUUCUUUGUCAUCUUUCUACUAAGGAUGCUGUAAGAACAAGCGCUUUGUCUACCAAAUGGAGGAAUUUUUGGCGAUGGGUUCCUGGAUUGGACUUAGACCCUUACGCAUUCUCAGAUUUCGAUGCCUAUGUGAGUUUUGUUGAAAAGUUUUUUGAUUCCCACAGGGAAUCAUGGAUACGCAAACUCCGGUUAAGUUUUGGUUAUUUUCGUCAUGGUAUGUGUGAUCUCACGUCAUGGAUUGAUGCUGUGACUAGGCGUAGGAUUCAGCAUCUUGAUGUUAGUUCUUUCCAUGGUGGUGAGAUACCCCUGAGCAUAUAUACAUGUGAGACACUGGUAGACUUACGACUCAGUGAGGUCACCUUGUGUAAUACUGAGUUUGUUUCCUUACCUUGUCUGAAGAUCAUGCAUCUACGGCAUAAUAGAUUUCCCAAUGAGACCACGUUGCAGAAACUUAUCUCAGGCUCUCCAGUUCUGGAAGAUUUAACCAUCAUCAGAUAUCCAAUAGAUAAUGCAGAGGUUUUACAAGUGCGCUCUCAUAUGCUGAAGAGAGUCUAUAUAAAUGAUGGCAUCCAAGUUGUAAUUGAUGCACCUCUACUCCAGUGUUUGAGGGCUACGGUCUCCUCACCAAAAAACUUUCAGAUCGUCAAUUUGGGUUCCUCUGCCAAACUAGAUAUUAGUUUCGCCUAUAACGAUGUGACAUACAGUAGCAGCAUGAUUCAUGACAUCCUGACUGAUAUAUUGAGGGUCAGGGAGCUAGUUAUUAGGAAUGCUAUUUUUUGGGAGGAAAUUUUUCAAUACUCGAAAUCGGGACCGAUGCAUCAGUUUCGUUACCUAUCCUGCUUGAAUGCUAAAUUUUCUGAAACUCAUCUGGAAAUUUUGCCAACCCUUCUUGAGAGCUGCCCAAAACUAGAAUCUCUCAUACUGAAAUUGGUUAAGGACAGCUGCAUGAGUGGUAAGAAGAAGAAAGAACCAAAGUUGAUGUUUUCAACAGUGCCUCAAUGUUUGGUAUCAUCGCUCAAGUUUGUGGAAUGGACACGUGCGCUCUCAGGGUAUGAAGGAGAAAUAGAGCUAGUAAGAUACUUCUUGAAGAAUUCAAAAAUCUUGGAGAAAUUUAGGCUUGAAGCUUACUAUACCGAAAAAGCCAAGUGUGCCUUCCUUCAAGAACUCCUUACGAUGCCAAGAUGCUCUAGCGUUUGUGAAAUCCAUGUUUCUUUAAUUCCUAGAAAUAAAUAUGGUUGAACAUUUCGUUGAAGGUUGAUCUUUUUGGUCGUUAAAUUAGUUGAUAUUAGGAGGCUAUUUUAGGCUUUGAGCCACAACCAAAUAUUGCAGUUUAAGUCUUUCUUAUGUUACUUGGUGGUUGCUACUUAUAAUCAUUAUCAGCUUUAUCUUGAA